CUCUAUUGGAUGAUCGCCUUGAGUUCUAAGUCCUCGAUAGACUCCCGAAUGAAACCUGGGAAUCAAGAAACUACAAGAAAGCUACAUUCAUCGCAACACAACUAUCGAUACACUUGGCCAUUCUACAAACAAUUGCUCACUUUUCGAUAAGAUUGAUAACAACGGUCUUCCACUCGGGAGCACAAGCCUCUUCCCAAUCAUCAGGUGGCGUACCAUGCAAAAGCGGACUACACCUCACGUCAAAAUGAUCUCAAGUCGCAUUAGAGGAGGACUUACGGCCGCUUCCACGGAUCAGCUUUCUGCAACUUCUGCAUACCCAGGAUACCCAGAUUGAGUCCCUCCGGCGACGUUUGAAACUCCAUGGCAAGCUGGACCACGAUCACCCUCGGUGUGACGCCGGCCCGUUCCGAACCCGGGACGAGCGAGCUCCAGCACAAGAAGUGCGCCAUGCGAGCCAAUGACGUCGGGUCACGCGUCUCGAAUGCGUGGUCUCUGCACUUGCGGAAUGCGACGGAGAAGGACGGAGUGUGGGCGAACGAAAUCCCUUCGAAAUCGAAUUUCUCUGGCGACAGGAUGAAAUAGUCUGCACACGGUGUGCUGGUGCACAGCUCGAUCUGAUUGGCGAGGAUGUCAGACGGUGCGACGUUGGAAGACUUGAGUAUGGCCGAGAGACUGCUGCUGGCUGACGACGCCAUCUCAAAGUCCAUCGCCUUCCCGCAGAUGGCUUUGUGUCUCAACGACCAAUCUUCCUUCUGACACUCUCUGCCGUAUUGUCAAACAGGUGACAGAAAUCGGAGAAGCUCGGCGAACCGGGAGCAAUAUGAAACCUGACGCUUGAGCUUGACCCAGCAUUGGCUGCACCGCAGGAACUUGAUGGCGGGGGUGCCUUUGGUGUUAAGCUCUGCGACCCUCGCCGGACAGCCGGUUCGUGAACACGUCAAUUGACGGUGGCUGAGACGUUCCUUUUUACCAGCGUCUUCCUCGCUCAUGAUCUCGUUAGCAAGUUUCAGCCCAUACAUCCGUUUGUAAAUCUCCUUUUCUUCAGGUGUCUUGCUCGCCCGACGCUUCUGCAGCUCGCGACUGUCCUUGAGCACAACAAGAUCUUUGAUCUCGUUGCCAUGGAACGAAUCGAGGGUAUAAGUCAACACUUGACCUUCGAUAAGCAUCAGCUCCAGCCCGGACAAAGAUUGAGGAUGAGGGUGCGCACAUAUGAGCCUCGUACGCAAUAGCACGACCUGUGCAAGUGCGAGCUUCUCCUCAUUCGUCGCAUGUGCAUCAGCUUUCCGCUUCGCCUCAAAUCGAUCCCAGUCCGGGUUCGCGAUCCGCUUUGGUUCUGUGGAGGUCAUCGUCCCAUCCAGCAUGAUCGCCGAUUGCAGCAGAUCGAUGAAGGCGCGCCCAAGCAAUCGGAGGCGCGUUAGGCGCAGCUCGACACCACACGAUGUGCGGGCAGAAUUCAGCCCAUCCGAGUUCCCACAGGACUUGACGAAGGCCAACAUGAGGUGCUUCCUGCGCUCGGCGGGGCUCGCUUCCAGCCAGCGCCGCUCGAAGUCGUCGUUCGCCAGAUGCUGCACGGCUUUGAUGGCGAGCAUGCGUUGCGCAGAGAGCGUCAGCGACUUCAUCUCGUCGAGAUGGAACAUCAUGUCCUGCACCGCGUCCUCCGCGUCCAUCCGGAUGUUGUGCAGCAUCGACCCGUAGACGAAGUACGGGGCUCUGGCUGGCGCGAGUUGCGGCAGGCGCAGGACUUUCUCCCAGCCGUCGUUCCAGUCUUCGGCAUUCUCGAUCGCACGGUGGGGUGGGGGGAAGUGGAUCAUGGACUGCAUCGUGGGUGAAGAACGGGAAGAAGGCUGGGGGGAUGGGCCAAGGUGGGCGGUCG